AUGGGCGAUUCUCUCUUUCACAACUCUUCUGCUGCCCCAGAUGACGAAUAUGAUUACUUAAUAAAGCUUCUGGCACUAGGCGAUAGUAAUGUGGGAAAAACAAGUCUAUUGUAUCAGUAUACGGAUAAUAUUUUCAACCCACGAUUUACAACGACAGUCGGUGUCGAUUUUCGUCAGAAAAGAUUAGUCCGUGAAAGUCGUGAUUCUGAAGGCCUUCUUGGACCGAAACAACGUUUGCAUUUACAACUAUGGGAUACAGCUGGACAAGAACGAUAUCGAAGUUUAUGCACAGUGUUUCUACGUGAUGCAAUGGGUUUUCUGCUUGUAUUCGAUUUGACGAAUGAAAAUAGUCUACAGAAUUGUCGUGAAUGGAUGAAUCUGCUGUGUCAACAUGCAUAUUGUGAUCGUCCUGAUGUUGUGUUAGUUGGAAAUAAAUUUGACCUGACAUCGGAACGUCAAGUGUCUAUGUCUGCUGCGAAUGCAAUGGCUCGUGAACUUGAUGUACCUUACAUAGAGACAAGUGCAGCUACUGGCUAUCAAGUGACAGCCGCCGUUGAUCGCCUACUGGAUUUAGUCAUGACUAGAAUUGAAGCCUCAGUAACCAAAGCACGUAUCCAUGGGAAUACAGAAGGUACAGCCAAUUUAAAAAAGUCUACAUCGUCCAAAUCGAAUUGUGCUUGUUAGUUUAUCUUGUCUUCUUUGUGUAUGUUUCUGUGUAUGUGAUUAGGUGUUAAUUUCCUCAACUGUUAUUGUACUCAAGUUUAUCGUCUAAUCCAGUUCAAUGUUAACUGUCUGUGUUGUGUGUGUGUGUGUGUGUGUAAAUCGAUCCUUGUUGUGUGUAUGUGUGUAUUGUUGAUGCCGCAGCACACAUGUGAAGCUUGAAAAAAGGAAUCACCAUAUGACAAGAAGAAGAAGAACAACAACAAUGGCUAGCCUCCUUGCUGUGUGGGAUAUUCCCCUCCCCCCUCUCUCUAUACAUAUAUAUACAUACAUACAACCUAGCAGCUGCUGGCAAUCAAUCAACCAUGUGUAAUGCGAAAUAUUAUUAUUAUUAUUAUACCAUACACAAAGACGACACCAUUUGUCUCUUGUACAAUGAAUGAAUUCUCCUGUUCUCUGUCUGUCUGUCUCCUUUGGAUAGCUUUAUUCAAUUUUUUCCGCUUAUUAUUAUUAUUAUUAUUCCACUCAAACUGGACACAUUCCCUGAAAAAAUGAUGACAUGCUGACGAGGAGUGCUACUGCUACAGCCAGAGCUACACAACGGCUACUGCUACAGCUACUAGCCAACUCUGUUACUAUUAUUCAAUUCAUUCCAAAAUGAGUUAUAUUUUAUAUUAAAAGAAAAACAAGUGUGUGUAUAUCGCCUUCUGCUUGUUGUGUUUGUAUGUUCUGUUUGUAUUCACUGUUUCAGUACUACUCCGCUUUACAACAUUCCUAUCUUUCAUGUGUGUGACAUAGACACUGCGUGUGUGUUUUUAUCUCUGUGUCGACAUCCGUAUCAACCUUCUGUGAUAUUGCAAAAAUUAAUUAAUCAAUCAAUGAAUCAAUAACAAAUCAAUCAAAAACAGAACAGCUGUGAUUCCCUUGGAUCAAUGUACACACACAUUCAUUGUCUUACAUGUGUGUGUGUGUGUGGUUGUCUGGCUGGCUAGCUGUGUUGUUCACGGUUACCUCUCUCUCUCUCUCUUUGUGUUGCUCUCUUUCUUCCCGAUUUCAUCAAAUGUGAAUAUAAUAUGCCUUUGUGUUUUAGCUUACGACGACGACUACUACUACUACCUGUUUCUACAUUCCAUACUCUGGUUUUUGUUGAUACAUCCUCCUUGUUCAAGAUUACUUUAUGAUGACUAUAUUAUGAUUCUAAAGAGGAGAAGAGAAAAAAUCAAUGAAUUAAUUAAUUUAUUUAUCUUCUCUUUUAUUUUCUUCCCUCAGUUUAUAUAUAUGAGCUUUUAUAAUAAUAAUAAUAAUAAUAAU